CCGGCGCGGGCGGCUCUGGUGGGGAGCGAGGCUCACAGCCAGGAGGCGGCGCAGCGGGGAGGGAGUGCGGGGUGGCGAGCCGGACCGGGCCAGCCGCGGGGGGACAGCGCUGCGGGCCAGGCGGGGGGCGGCGUGGCGGCGUAGCCGCGGGCGCCGGGACGUGCCGACGGGGCGUCGGGCGCGACCGAGAGAACCGGCGAGCCUCGGCUGAGCGUUGUCCAGCUGGGCGCCUGGGCCGCCGCGACCUCCGGUUCUCGGGGGACUUGGCAGAGGAGACCCGCCUGCGGGAGGGAGCCGGAGGAGCAGGACCUUCAAGCUCAAAAGGUGCUGAAGAACUGAGCCUCCUGCCCACUGAGGCCACCGGAGGCCAGGUGGGGCCAUGGCAGGGCAUGGCUGCCUGGGCCUGGGGCUGUUCUGCUGGGUCCUGCUUGCUGCACCAGUGGGCCCCCAGCCUGCCUCCUCCGUCACAGGUGUCCCUCUCACCACUUUGACCCCACCACCUCAGAGUGAGGCCUCUAUGCUGUCUCUCAACCUGGGACUGAACUUCAAAUUCCACCUUCGGGGACCGGCUGCCGCCUGGGGGAUCUCUGUCACGGAGACCCAGCCGCUCUCUCCUGGGCCGAGCCAGGAGCCCGAGGAAGAGGUGGCCAGUGGGCUGAGGACUGAUCCCCUUUGGGAACUGCUGGUGGGCUCCCUUGGGACCUCCCCGCCAGAGUGGGGCUCUGCUGAAGGCAGCUCUACUCCCUCGGCCUCCUCCCUGUCUCCAGAGUCCACAUCCCCACUCUCUGGGCCCACUGACUGGCCCACUGCUCCCUAUCAGCCCAGGACGGGCACUGUGACCUGGGACACUGCUCUGACAGCCAUGGCACCUCCGUCCAGUGCGCCCAGGCUCCGCCAGAGUGAGCUGGAGCUGAAGUUUGACAUGGCACUGAGAGCAGGCGCGGCCCCCACGCUUGAGCAUCGAACGCUGCCCCUGCUGCCCAGUCUGCGGGCCAGUCUGGCAGAGAUUGCGGGGCGCCUGGGACCCUUUGGCUUCUUCGGCACUACUCUGUCCCCACUGCGGAACUUCUCAGGCCCAAGCCCUCUAGGCCCAACUCCAUCCCCAAGCUCUGCCUCUAGAGUUUCAGAUUCUCCAGGGUUCUUUGGCACCACUCUGUCCCCGCCGCCAUCCCCCCUGGAAAGAAAGCUCCCAAGCUCAGGCCCGUUGGACCCAGCCACUUCCCUAAACUCUGCCACGAUGGCAACAGCAUCAGUAGGUACUCUGAAGAGCUUUGAACACAUCGUCCAUUUAUCCUCAAACCAGCCUUUUGCAGUAGGUACUCUUCCUGGUUCAGACUUGAGGAACAAGGUGGAACGGGAGCCAGGGCACAUGUUGCCAUUUGCCGUAGACCCUACUACCCCCACCUCCGGCCCAGAUGACUCCUCUCCUGCCAGCCUUGGGAAGCCUUCGGUGGAGCCAGAGUGUGGGUCAGGGUCCUGCAGUAUGGGAGAAUUGCCCGAACCCGAAGGGCAGCCUCCUGUGGCUCCGCUGCCCCUCUUCUUCCUGACCCUGGAAGCCAACUGGGCAGAGGCCAGAGCUCGCUGGGGGCUGGCCUGGGAGGCCCACGUAUACGGGGUAGGCACGCUCUUUGGCCUGGUGGCCCUGCUGGCGCUGCUGGCCCUAGCCCUCUUGCCCUGGCGCUGCCCGCCCGGCGCCCCCUGCCUGGCGCUGCUGGACCUGCUCCUGCUGUCGGCCGGGACCACGCGGGCCUUCCCGCUCUUCUACGACGCCUAUGGGCACCGCGAUCGGCUGCCCCCGCUCGCCUGGCUGCUGCUGCAGGACCUGCCGCUGCCCUGCCUGGCCGCCGGCCUGGGCCUGGCCUGCCUGCUGCUGGCCCGGCCGCGCCCGCCGCGGUGUCCCGCCGGGCUGGCCGCGCUGCUGCUGCUGGGGCUGGGGCUGGCGGCCGCGGCUGCCGUCGGGAGCGCCGCCCACCGCUCACUGCGGCCCCUGCGGCUCGCCUCCCGCGGGCUGCACGCCUUCCUCGCCGCCCUCCUUUCCGGGCUCCUGCUGGCGCUCUCCUGCUGGGGGGGGCGGCGGCGGCGGCCCGGAGCGCCCCUGGGAGGGUCUGGUUUCAAGGGCGCCACCCCUCUCCCGCAGGCGCGCAGCCCCUUCGCCCCGCGCGAAUCUUGGCGGCGCGCGGCCCGCACAGCCCCGGUGGCGGGCACCUUCGGGCUGCUGAGCGGAGCCCUGCAGGGCUACGAGGUGCUGCACGCCUUGGGCUAUGGCGGCCAGCCUGGCCUGGAGGGACCCUGGCCCUGGUGGGCCUUCCAGCUAGGCCUGCGCUUGGGCGAGGUGGGCGUCGCGCUCCCGUUGGCGCUGCUGGGCCUCUACCCCGCGCUCAGCAGCCCCCGUGUGCCGCCGCGCUGCUGGGCCAAGCUCUUCCGCUUGUCCCCGGGCCACGCGGCCCCACUGCUGCCCGGGGGCUGGGUCACCGGUCCCCCAGACAAGGAGCCCCUGGGUGGCGCCAUCGCGCGUGGCGACGCGGAGCUGCUGCAGCUGUGCGCCCUGGCAGGGCCAGGCCCCGACCUCCUACUCCAGGGAGGCGGCUGCCGGGGCUUCGAAGGCGCGGCGGCCAACCCGGCCCCUUCUCCGGCCUCCUCUCCCUGCAGCGAUUACACCGUGGACUUCCGCCCGCCCUCCCCAAUCAACCUGCGGCGCAGCAUUGAGGAGGCCCUCUGCAGCGAGGCCCUGCUCACGCCCGGCCUCUUCCAGGGCCCCUCCUUCGGGGAAGCCCUGCCUGGGCUUGGCCUCUACCGCACCACCUCCUUGGUGGCGAGGACGGGGGUUGGGCCCAAUGGGAGGUCUGAGAAGGCCUCUGGCUCCCCUGUGCCCCAGGAGCUCCCCUCUCCCGGGGCCUGGCCGGCGGGCAGCAGUGCCUCUUCCGGUUCGCUGUGCGGACUUUCGCGGGACAGCUCGUCCAUGCUGCUAUGCUCCAGCCCUGACAGGCCCCCACGCUGUCCGCUGGUCUGCGUCCUCAGUCCCCCGCGGCCCUCAGGAUGCAGCCCUAGCCUCCCGGGCUCAGGCUCCUACCAGGCCCUGUCCCCACCCUCCCGCGACUCCCCAGAGCCUACUCCUGAGCUGCAGGCCGCGGAGGCUUUGUUGCAGGAGCAAUUCCUGGACGCCUGUCGACAGAUCGACGAGCUGAGUGUGGGGAGCGACACUAUAGACCUGUGAAGAGGUGGCCCCCUGGCUGCCCCAGCCUAUGCCCCCUCCUGGCGCCCGCUCUGCCCGAGACCUGCACACUGUAACCCUUCCCCAGUCCUGCCUGGCUCAGAUACCUCUCCCAGCUUCCUUCCCCACCCAGGAGUCCCUGGGUGGGUGGGUCAGCAGCCAGGCUCUGUUGAUUGGGGUUAGUGCCACCUCCUCUGGAGCCCUGGGCGCGGAUUCCCUCAGCUGCAAUUCUAGGCUGGCAGGGGUCCCACUUUCCUUGGCAUUCACCAGCAAUAAAGCUCCAAGGUGCUCCACUCCCGACCACCACUCCCUACUCUGGUGCUGAGUGAGAGGGGCUGUCCUCAGAGGACCUGGAGACUGGCUUCAGUCCCCACACCCACCUGUGCCAUGCCCAGGAAUCCCAUUCCUGUGUGAGUGAGACUCCCUGUCCUCCACACGAUCCUUACCCAGAGAAGGGUCCAUGGCCCAUUGAGGAGACUCCACAGCAGUUGGGUGGGAAGUCAGCGCUUUCAGAGUUAAUUUAUCAAUAAAAUAUUUU